AUUAAUUUGCAGGGUUGUGAUGCAUCAAUUUUGUUGGAUGAGAGUACCACAAUCGAAAGCGAAAAGAGUGCACUCCCAAAUGUUAAUUCAGUAAGGGGAUUUGAAAUUAUCGAUAAAGCAAAAGCUGCUGUGGAGAAAGUAUGCCCCGGAGUUGUGUCUUGUGCAGACAUAGUUGCAGUAGCAGCACGUGAUGCAUCAUUCGCUGUGGGUGGUCCAUCAUGGACAGUGAAACUUGGACGAAGAGAUUCUACAACCGCAAGCAAAAGUUCCGCCAAUACAGACCUUCCAUUAUUUACAGAUGAUCUUCAAACUCUUAUUUCUCGUUUUAACAACAAAGGUCUCACUGCUAGAGACAUGGUUACUUUAUCUGGUGCACACACAAUAGGACAAGCACAAUGCUUCACAUUUCGUGGCAGGAUAUACAACAACGCAAGUGACAUAGAUGCUGGAUUUUCUAGCACUCGCCAACGUGGCUGUCCAUUGUCUAGUAGCACAACAAACGAUCAAAAAUUGGCAGCAUUGGAUUUGGUCACACCCAAUUCAUUUGACAACAACUACUUUAAGAAUUUAAUUCAGAAGAAGGGUCUUCUUCAAUCUGAUCAAGUUUUGUUCAGUGGAGGAUCUACGGAUUCUAUUGUUUCUGAAUACAGCAAAAAUCCUACAACUUUUAAGUCUGAUUUUGCAGCU